UUGAAGCAGACCUUUGAUGAGGCAGAUAAAAAUGGUGAUGGGAGUCUUAGUAUUAAUGAAGUACUCCAGCUAAUGCACAAACUGAAUGUGAACCUACCCCGACAAAAAGUCAAGCAAAUGUUUAAGCCACAGCAACUGAUCUAAAAAAAGAGACUAUACUUAUCCCUUCACCUGUGCGUAUAUGAUAAUGAAAUAAAAUAAAAACAGCUAAGGACAAGCUAAAUGACAUACAAUUAAUGAUAUCCAUAGGUUUGUAAUGGAUUACUUGUUUUUCUGUGCUACUUCUGUAAGACAAAAAUAGCAAAGAUUACUAUUAAUAGUAAUCUUAAUUACUCAAGCUAGAACAUUUACAUCUGUAGGGCUUUCUUGUGAUGUUAAGGAUCCAAGAAAUUACAUCUUUGCUUCCACAUUUUUAUCCACUUCGUUAGCUAAUAUUCUUAAACAACUGCUCACCAAUACCCCAUCCAUGUUUUUUAUUCAUUGGUUCCAUCUUUUCUCUAUAGCAUAUGAACUUUAUAUUUUAAUUUAAAUGAGCGCUCAUUACAUUAAUGCAUAAGUUUUACCAUGAUCUCUCUUUAAUUUACCUUUUCUUCACUCUAAAAAAAAAAAUGUUGGUGUUAGCGUGCCAGUUAGAAUCAUGUAUUACUGUAUAACUGUUGGCUUUCAAAGUGAACUCUAUCCAAGUCAAUUGGAAUAUUUUAUCAUUAAUUAUCUCCCCCAUCAAACCUUCAUAUACACAUGCUUAAUCCACCAUUUUUUCAACUUUUUAAGUAUUGACAGCACUUGGUUAGCAUUACUCUGUUUCAAUCCUUUUUUCCAUUUUUUGAUACCUCUCCUAAAUUUCUUUCACUCAUAUACUCCCAUACGGUUACUUGAGAACACAGUACUAAAAUUAACAAUACUAGCACCAAGCGUAAACUGCUGCUUUUAUGUUGAUAUGUUUUGAAUUUGCUCUGCUUGAGCCAUUUGAUCUAGUUGCUUUACCUCUGAUAAUGGACAGGGAUUCUUUUGUAUGUGGCUCUUUUCUUUACUUCUGAACUUGUCUGGAAAGCAUGUAGAAGAAGCCACAGAGAAGAUGCUACUCUCUUUUCUCCUCACUGCUCUGCAUGCAGGGUUCACACCAUGCUUGGGAGGGACUUCUCUUAUCUUUCUUACACAGUGCUUCAUGUACCUGUAAUUCUUUCUCAGUCCCACUGCCGCACAUCAUUGCGAGCAGAUGUUAUAUCCCAGGCUGCUUAUAGACUGUUGCAAUUAAUAAGUGUUACAGCCUGGACUAGCUGCAGUGUUUUAGCAUUCCUUAAAACCUUCUGCUCAUUUCCCAAAACUGCCUCUGCUAGCUCUGCUCAAGGAGCAUUUGGUGUCCCUGCCCUGUCUUCUUGUAGCUGACCAGGCACCCAGGCCAGCUGUAGCUGUGUGGCAGCAGCAGCAUGUGCUAAAGCAGUCUCUGUCCUCACAGCAGCGCUUGCUGCUUCUGCUGGAAAAUUCAACCUUUUGUGUUUUGUUUCUCUUGUUAAAAGACCAUUUAACACUUUGUUCUUUUCCUGCUUUUGCUCUGUUAGCAUAGCCCUCUUAAUUUUCAUCAGCCACAGCCUGCUUCUGGCCUGGAGGCUUUCUGUGUUACACUGGAGAUGUGGGACCUCCAGUAUUACAGGCGGAAGGGGAGGAAAUUGCGAAGUAUCCUCCGUAGUCUCUUCUUCCUCUGUAGUGAUUUUAUGGGGAGCAAAGGGUAUAGGGAGCACUAGGGUUAGUAGGGAUUUGGUUUUUUUUUUUAAAUAUCUCUUAAGAGGCUUUACUUGAUCUUUCCAUUUUUCCUGAGUCUCUCUCAAACUUCUAGUUUGGGAUUCUGUUUUUCUUUUGGAGGCCUCCUUGUACCAAUCAAAAAUGCAUCCCACUAAACCUGGGGUCCCUUAGGUCCUCUGGACUCCAAGGUGUCCCUUAAGUGCACUAUUUUGUCUAAGUUAAAGAUACCUUCUACAGGAAACUGUUUAGAGGGAUCAUCCCUGAUCCAGAAAUUCCAUUUAUCUAAAUACAUGUAGCUUUUCGGAGAGUCCAGUUCCCAUUUUCACUCUUUCAGGGAGACAAAGGAAAGUCAGAAGGAACCUGUGCCACCUAAAUAUCAGUCCAUGGCUUGUACUGCCAAGGUGAUUAUCCAGCCUGACAAUAGAGCCAGAAACUUAAGGGAAAAAGACAAGACACACAAGGGGUCUUCCUGGUCACUAUGUCUAGCCCAAGCCCACUGUUUUGGUUGAGGUCAUUAACAACGGAGCCCAAGGAGGCUCCUGCUGGAGCUGGAAACAGGAGGAAAGGGCAUAACUGGCAGUCAAGGACUAAACCUCUACCACAUGCCCUUGCAUUUGAGUUACGUCAGUCAUCACUGGGGUGGCACAGGAGCAGCUUGGGGUGGCUAUAUAUGGUUCCAGAGUUGUCCUGAAUCCAGUUCAUUCAUUUCAUAUGCAUACCAUAUUUAUAACUGCAACCUAGACUUUCCUGGCCUACGUCUCCUUAAUCUCACCAGAAUCGCCAGUAUUACCAGAAUUACAGUUAGCUUUUCCUUUUUGAGCCAGCAGUUAUGUUCUGGGCUGACCUGUAUUAAAGGUUCAAGUUCAGCAGUCUAAGCACACCGCGGGAUUCUAUGGAUGACCAAAGCCCCAGCAGGAAUUUCAAAAGUUCCCUUACCUCUCCAAGCAGUGCCUUCAUCUAUAACUUCAUGACUUUUUAUUCUUCCAGUCCCUUGUGAAUCACAUCCUCCACAGCACUGUCAGCUUCGGUGUUGUAGUUGAUAUGGGCUCUGAAAUCGCUGAAGUUGUCAGACUGUGGAAACGAAACAAAAGAGCAAGAUCUGUUAAGGUUGAGCAGUAAAGUACAAGUGCAGAGUGUGCUUUGGGGAAAGAGGAGGCUGAUUGUGGACCAGUGGUAAUGUUUUAAAAAUCUCUCUCUGUAGGUACUUAAGAAUAAAUUGCAGGGUUAUGGUAAUACUUCGUUCUUGGGCAAAUAAUUGUGAAUUGGUGUUUGCAUGUGGGCCACAAAUGCUUUGUGAAGGCGGUGCAGUGUUGCUCUCCAUGGUGCUGAGAACUUAUUUUCAGCGUUUUCCUCAGCUGGUAUAACUUCAGUUGUAUGGUUGUGCAUGAAGGAAAUUCAGCGAAGAAUAGGAAGAUUCGGUUAGUAAAAAGUUGCCUUUUUAUUUUUUUAUUUUAUUUUUUUAAUUCUCUGGCCUGUAAUAUCCUUAAACCUGUCUACAGCAAAGGUGAGCAAAGCAAUAUGCUGACGACUCAGUUUUUGAGAACAAAGUAGGGAAUGCUGGAGAAGCUUAUUUCAGAAAAUAUUCAAGCAUUGUUUGUCCUGUCUGAGAAAAGUUUCAGCUUUCCUUUUUCAUACCUGUCGCCAGCAGGUUUUUUCCUUCAUUUUUUUCAUGCUUUUGGGAAUAGGCCUUUAAGAAACACAGUAACUACAGAAUUUCUACUCUGAGUAGUAAUAACUAUAUCCUGUGGUGGAUCCCAUUGUGGUCAGGCUAUCACAAGAUUUCUUGGGAGAAAUUCCAUCUCUACUGUGUGCAAACAGUUGGUAGUACUGCAAAUAGAGCUGAAGUGGUGUUCAUCACAGGCUGGGGCAACUGACCGCCAAAAAUGAAGUGUCCCAAUAUGUGUAUGUUGUAACAGUGUCAUUUACUGAUGAUUUUUUAUUUAGUUUUUGUAUUCUAGCAAAUUAUUAUACUCACAGCUCUUUUUAGUUAUGGCUUUGGAUUUAACAGGUAUCCUUCCAAGUCAUGGACAUAAAUGUCAUGGACAUUAGCAUGACUUGGGUUCUAGUGAUCUUCUCAAGAAAAUAUGAAUGGAUACUGCUUCCAGACAUGCAUGUUCUCUUCUGUCUUCCAGGGCACAGUCUUUCAUAUGACAAGCAUCAGCCUGAUUAAUCAGUCUGCUCUAGCAGACCGUACAGAGGCUGAUACGGAUGAUAACCAGGGCGUGCUGGGCUUUGAUGAAUUCUGUGCCUUCUACAAGAUGAUGUCAACACGGCGUGAUUUGUACCUGCUAAUGCUUACCUACAGCAAUCACAAGGACUACCUAGAUACAGAUGAUCUGAGACGCUUUCUUGAGAUUGAACAAAAGAUGACCAGUGUGACUAAGGAACACUGCCUGGAAAUCAUCACCAAGUUUGAACCAUGUUUGGAGAACAAGAAGGAGGAAGCUUUGGGGAUUGAUGGUUUCACCAAUUACAUGCGGAGUCCAUCAGGGGACAUAUUCAACCCAGAACACUACCAAGUGAAUCAGGACAUGAGUUAUCCUUUGAGUCACUAUUUCAUUACCUCUUCACAUAAUACCUACCUCACGGGGGAUCAGCUGAUGUCUCAGUCUAGGAUGGACAUGUAUGCAUGGGUGCUACAAUCUGGCUGUCGUUGUGUAGAAGUUGACUGCUGGGAUGGGCCGGACGGUGAACCAAUUGUCCACCACGGAUAUACUUUGACUUCCAAAAUUCUCUUCAAAGAUGUGAUUGAAACUAUCAACAAAUACGCCUUUGUCAAGAAUGAGUACCCUGUUAUCUUGUCGAUUGAGAACCAUUGCAGUGUCAUUCAGCAGAAGAAGAUGGCACAGUAUCUUAUAGAAAUCCUGGGAGACAAACUGGAUCUGUCUUCAGUGCACAAUGAAGAUCCUACCAAGCUCCCUUCACCAGCAAGUCUUAAAGGGAAGAUACUAGUUAAGGGGAAAAAGCUUCCAGCCAACAUUAGUGAUGAUGCAGAGGAAGGUGACGUGUCUGAUGAGGACAGUGCUGAUGAGAUCGAUGACGAUUAUAAAUUAAUGAAUGGAGAUGCAUCUACUAAUAGGAAGAGGGUGGAGAAUAUAGCGAAGAAAAAACUAGACUCCCUGAUAAAGGAAUCCAAAAUCCGUGACUGUGAAGAUCCAAACAAUUUUACAGUCACCAUUCUGCCAUCAUCAGGGAAGGUUGGUCAGAAAUCAGAUAUUAAGAAGAAUAAACUUGAGGAUGAUAUGGGAUCUGGGGAAGACUUCAAUACCAACAAACGGCACAGCCGAUCCUUGAUGGGCAGCUUUUCUAAACGGAAGAAAAAAGGAAGCAAAUUGAAAAAGACAACAAGUCUGGAAGAGGGUGAAGAUGAUUUGGACUCUCAAGGAAGUUUAGCCAGGGGCUCUGUACAUUACAGCAGAAUAACCGGACAGAAGAAAACAAUGAAACUUUCCCGGGCACUGUCUGACCUGGUGAAAUAUACAAAGUCUGUUGGCAUCCAUGAUGUUGAAACUGAAAUCUCUUCCAGCUGGCAGGUUUCAUCUUUCAGUGAAACAAAAGCCCACCAGAUACUGCAGCAAAAGCCAACACAGUAUCUACAUUUCAACCAACACCAGUUGUCCCGCAUUUACCCAUCUUCUUACCGUGUAGAUUCUAGCAACUACAAUCCCCAGCCAUUCUGGAAUGCUGGCUGCCAGCUUGUUGCAUUAAACUACCAGUCAGAGGGGAGAAUGCUGCAACUGAACCGGGCCAAAUUUAGUGCCAAUGGGAAUUGUGGCUAUGUCCUCAAACCAAACUGCAUGUGUCAAGGUGUCUUUAAUCCAAAUUCUGAAGACCCACUGCCUGGUCAGUUGAAGAAACAGCUGGUUCUAAGAAUUAUCAGUGGUCAACAACUCCCAAAACCACGGGACUCCAUGUUGGGAGACAGAGGAGAGAUCAUAGAUCCAUUUGUAGAAGUAGAAGUUAUAGGCUUACCAGUCGAUUGCGUCAAAGAACAAACUAGAGUAGUUGAUGAUAAUGGUUUUAACCCGAUGUGGGAGGAAACAUUGGUGUUCACAGUGCACAUGCCAGAGAUUGCACUGAUUCGGUUCCUUGUGUGGGAUCAUGAUCCAAUCGGGCGUGAUUUUAUUGGACAGAGAACAAUAGCUUUUAGCAGUAUGAUGCCAGGCUACCGACACGUAUACCUGGAAGGUAUAGAAGAGGCAUCCAUCUUUGUUCAUGUGGCUAUUAGUGACAUCUGUGGUAAGGUCAAACAAACAUUGGGUCUAAAAGGCCUGUUUCUCAGAAAUCCAAAACAGGCAUCUCUGGACAGUCAUGCUGCUGGUCAGCUCCAUCGCAAACAUUCCUUUAGUGGCCACAUCUUGAGACGCACAGCAAGUGCACCUACCAAAAGCCAGAAGAAGAACAAGAAAGGCUUUCCAGAAAUUGCUUUUGACACCAAAGACAACAGCUCUGAAGGGGCCAGUGAAGACCACGAAGUGGAAGACACCUCACAGCCUCGCUUUGAGCAAAUGCCAGAAAGUGCCUGUCUGUCACCAGCUCCCAGAGAUGGUGCCAAUGGGGAGGUACAUGGCAAAGGGUUGAAAGAUAUCUGCCAGCUCUCAGUACAGAGGUCAGUCACUUCUUUAUGCAGUCUAGAAACAAUCACUGAAGAGCCCAGUAUUGCCAAUGAAAACCAGCAUGCCAGCAUCUUCUUCCCUCUACCCAUUGCUCCGUACAGUGAUUCUGAAGAAGGGUCUGUAUCUGAUCGUUCCACUGAAUCUCAAUCAGAAGAAAGUGGCCCAUCCAAUCAGCCCAAAGAACCUCUACACACUAAAGAACAAAGAACAAAUGUGGCUGCAGAAGACCAAGUGCAGGUAACCACAGCAACAGCUGACAGAAGUAUAUUAGUCCAAGAGGAUGAGGGAACAGGUAUGGCAAGAUGUCUCAAAGAAGAAAACGGUUGGACACAGGCAUACAGUAAUGCCGGAGAUCAGUUUAGCUUAGCAGUGCAUCCUCAACAAGCCUGGCUGGUAGUGGCAGUGGGUAAGACUGCUGACCAAGCUGCUGAGAACUGCCAGAAGCAAAAUGACCAACCAGGUCAGGUAUUAACAGACAUGAAAAGCAUCAUUGAAUCCAAAGGCCAAAAGCUUGGUGCAGCAGGUGUCCCUCUGCAGCAUAACAAUGUGAUUAACAGCACACAGCUAGCUUUGCCUCCAUGUGCUUUCCAGAAAGCCCAGGCUGCACAGGCUUCAACUGUUUCUGUUUCUCAAACCAGCUCUUAUUUGAUAGUAAGGAAGUCAAAGACUGCAGGUCACAAGAUGUCAGACUCCUCAGCCUUAAUAAAAAAUCCAAGUAGCCUGUCUCCAGCAGCAGAAGUAUAUUUUGAUGCCACUGUUAAUGACCGGAUCUGGAGCAAGCUAGAUUGUAGCAAUCACCGUGACAGCAUGUCUUCCUCUUCCAGCAUGUCCUCCAAUGACACUGUGAUAGAUCUCUCUCUACCCAAUCUAGCUCGCAAAAGCCUCCCAGAUCUUGGCAUCCGUCAUGAAAAUUUUGAGCCCCUUGCUGUUAAAAAGGGUAUGCGCCCACGAUCUGCUACAGCAUCAGGUAAUGAGAUGCCAGUGGUGAGCAAGAGCAAAUCCAAUCCUAAUCUGAGGUCUGGCCAGCUGCCUGUGGAUGAAUUAUGCCCCCGGCCUCUUGCCAGGAGUUCUCAAGAUGCAUUCUCAUCCAUCCCUAGAAGGCAUACCUGGAGCAGGCUGUACAUGGAAAGCCUCAGACAAUCUUCUCUCAAAUCUAAAGCGCAAGAUAAGGUUGGGAAUAGCCAGGCAAAAUCCAAAAGUCUUGGAGACCUUACCUCUGAUGAUAUCAUAUGCACUUUUGAAAGCAAAUACCGGAGCAUCAGCAAGAGUUUUGUCACUCGAUCAAUGCGGGAGCAGCGCCGCUCCUCAGGUCUGAGACCCUCAGUCAAAUCCCAGGAUGAGUUGACUGAGCAGCUGAAGAAGCUGACAGCCUUUCAGCAGGAAAACGAUAUCACUUCCCCCACCAAUCUUGAUCCAACUGAAUCUGAAGAAGAAGGGGAGAGCUUGGGACUCCUUCGCAGAUCUUCAUCUCGGAGUCAGAGUAGGGUACGGUACAUUGCCAACAGGGCCAAACAAGCUCAGGAGAGACAGCGGUUGCAAAGCCUAGGCCAGCUUGGUGGGAGCCCCAUUGAGGAGAGAGGAAAUCCAGAGGGAGCCUGCAGUGUUGUAAAAGGAGUUUGUAUGGAUGUAGCUUCUCCUACUGUGUUUACAUCCCAGCCUAAGAACCAGACUGAUUAUAACACUGACACGGAGGUCUUUUUUAUGCUGAAAUUGUAAUUCUGGGAAGCACUGAAUAAGCUGAUGUUUACAUUCUGGUCAAGACAAAAUGUAGUUACCUAACAGGCCCAGAAUGUCCCAUAUAGCAUAAUGCUUUCUGGUCCUCCUUUGAUGGUAAAGGUACUUAAGAUCGUGACUCCAAAAGAAUAGAUUAAUGUUUUAGACUUGUCAACAGUCUGUGGAAUUAGAACAACCAAAUGAAAUCAAAGGCUUGUAUUUUUAUAGUCUUAAUGAUCUGAUAUCUUUUUUUUUUUUUUAAUUACAUUUUUCCAGCCUCCAAUCUGGCCUCCAUUGUCUGUGACCACUGCUUUGUGCUCGCAAUUUACAUGGUGCAAAACUCACAUUCUUUACUAAUUUCAAUGAAUGAUUCCCAUAGUAAGUAAACAUCUUUGUGAUGUUAACAACUAAGGUAAAUCUUGCUGGAGUUAAAAUCAUGUCCCCUGUUCUGUUUUAUUUUUUGGAAGAAUGUGAGGCAUCUGAGAGUGUCCUCUUUGGGAGACAGUCAAAAUUGCAGUGUAAUUGCUUCCUGAAUUAAUAAUAUAUAAAUGAAAGUAGGUAAAGUCCAUCUUCUAUCUUGGACCUGUUUAUUUCAGUGAGACUCCACAUUGCCUCACUCUUUGAAGAAGAAAGCUCUCACCAUGUUCCAAAACAAUGAUUUUUUUAAAAUCAAAUUUGUUUAUAUUUAUAAAUAUGCAUAUAUAUGUGUGUGUAUGCAUGUAUAUAUGUCUGCACAUACAGGUACUUAAAAUGAACUGUGACUGCUUCUUGUUUCAAAACCUAAUCUGUGGAAAGGAGCUAAGAGAGAGAAGGGAAUUAAUAAAACAGACAGGAAAUAUCUUCUGACUUCAACUCCAAAAUGGCUAAGAAGUAUGCUAGUUUUUCCUUUAAAACAGAACCACCCCUUCUUUAUGGUAUUUUAACAAUGCUGUUGUACAUAGCACCUUUUGGAUGAAUUGUACUUUUUCUGUAUUGCACUGCCAUACAAAAUUUUCAGUGAUAUGUUUUAAAAAAAAAUUUAGUUUUUUAGAUGAACAUAUUUAGAAUUAAGUACCAACCUAAAUAUUUUUCCUCCCCAUUUUUCACCUUUUUAUUUUUGGUUUUCCCCACUUCCAGAAUUAUAAUGUCAUUUAUUAUAGAUGCACAUUUUAUCAAUGAUGGAGAAGAAUGUUUACUACGAUGAAUUUUAAAGAGAAACAGAGGUUUAAUUUUAUUUUCAGGAUGCAUAGAGUCCCUCCUGAGAGGAUAUUUUGCUUUCGUUUAUAAUAAUUCUUCUGUGUAUAGUGCAAAACGUAUAAAUCUGUUUGUAAAACCACCUGACACUGCUAAAAUAAACAUAUUUAACCUUCCA